AUCAACUCUAGAACGCGCAUUAGCUAAACAAGCCUUUGGUUCUCUUUGGUUGUGGCUCCUGCGUGUGCGCUGAAGUUUCCUGUUGAAGGCUUGAUGUUGGAAAGAACCAUGGCGGCCACUGAGAUAGCUCGACAAGCGGGUGAGGGUGCACGUGCUGUCCCACUCUCUGGUCAUGUUGGCUUCGACAGCAUGCCAGACCAACUGGUCAACAAAUCUGUCAACCAUGGCUUCUGCUUCAAUAUUCUCUGUGUUGGUGAGACGGGUUUGGGAAAGUCCACCCUCAUGGACACCCUGUUCAACACCAAGUUUGAGGGUGAACCUACACAGCACAAUCAGCCUGGAGUCCAGCUCAAAUCCAACACAUACGAGCUGCAGGAAAGCAAUGUUCGCCUCAAACUCACUGUUGUCAACACUGUAGGCUUUGGAGAUCAGAUCAAUAAAGAGGACAGUUACAAGUCUAUUGUGGAGUUCAUCGAUGCUCAGUUUGAAGCAUACCUCCAGGAGGAACUGAAGAUUAAACGUACCCUACACAGUUAUCAUGAUACACGGAUUCACGCCUGUCUGUAUUUUAUUGCCCCCACUGGACACUCCUUAAAGUCCCUAGACCUGGUUACAAUGAAAAAGCUGGACAGUAAGGUGAAUAUUAUCCCCAUCAUUGCUAAAUCUGAUGCCAUCUCAAAGAGUGAACUUGCCAAAUUCAAGAUCAAGAUCACCAGUGAGUUAGUGAGCAAUGGUGUACAAAUCUACCAGUUCCCCACUGACGAUGAGACCGUGGCAGAGAUCAACUCCACCAUGAAUGGUCAUUUACCUUUUGCUGUGGUGGGAAGCACUGAGGAAGUGAAGAUUGGGAACAAGAUGGUGCGAGCACGGCAGUACCCCUGGGGAACCGUCCAGGUGGAGAAUGAGAAUCACUGUGAUUUCGUGAAGCUCAGGGAGAUGCUGAUCAGGGUGAACAUGGAGGACCUGCGGGAGCAGACCCACACACGCCACUAUGAGCUCUACCGCCGCUGCAAGCUGGAGGAGAUGGGAUUCAAAGACACUGACCCCGACAGCAAACCCUUCAGCCUCCAGGAAACAUACGAGGCCAAGAGGAACGAGUUCAUGGGCGAGCUGCAGAAGAAAGAGGAGGAGAUGAGGCAGAUGUUUGUCCAGAGAGUCAAAGAGAAGGAGGCAGAGCUAAAAGAGGCAGAGAAGGAGCUGCAUGAAAAGUUUGACCGUCUCAAGAAGCUUCACCAGGAUGAGAAGAAGAAACUGGAGGACAAAAAGAAGUCUCUCGAUGAUGAGCUCAACAGCUUCAAGCAGAAAAAGACGGCCGCAGAGCUGCUGCAGUCCCAGGCCCAGCAGGCAGGGGGCUCCACCACACUCAAGAGGGAAAAAGAGAGGAAAAAUAAUCCCUGGCUCUGCACUGAGUAGUAUCUUCACUCCAAUGGCUUUGAUAAGGGACCAGGCCAAGACUAAAAGGGGGGCCAGUGUGGACCCAGUCCCCUGUGUUUCUCAUAUCACCUCUUAUAUUUGGAUUGUGGGCACUUUCUGCUGCUUUUUACUAACAUUUAUAUUUAUUGUCUUAAUAAAACGUUGUGAUUUGUUUGAGGCUGCCUUAAUUUGCUGUAUAUGUUUUUGAUGUGUUGUGUGACUAAUAUGCUUCAAAAUGUUUGCCUCUUUAGGGCUGUGUGAAGUGAGAAUGUAAUUACUAUAAAAAUGUUCCAGUAAAAUGGAAAAGACCAACUGAUAUAUUUGUUUAGAAGUGAUGGAUUAGGUUGCUCUUGAUCACAGCCAACCAAGAAUACACACUGAAAUCCAUGCAUGUUCUAAAAUGAAGAUAAUUAGAAAUGUAAAAAAAUUCCAGGAUGUACAGUGCGUUUGAAGGAGGGCCAUCAGUUCCUUUCUGCCUACUUUCUGAAUGCUUCAUGCUUUUGGCUGGCGAAGGAAAAAUCAGAGUGCCCAUUUCCCAUUGACUUUCCACUGGUGCUAAUAAUUUCAAUGCCUUCCUGAUACUUUCUCUAAUCUGCAUUUGUGUCUCCUCCCUUUCUCUAGCUUCUUUUAACUCUGUCUUGGCUGCCUGUCUGAAGAGGGGAUUGCAGCUUCAACAAGAAACAAAGCAUCCACUCUUUUUCUUGUCUCACUCUGUCAGCCUUUUUAUUUUUAAAGUUUUAAUUUUAUUUAAGUUUUAAAACUUCAAUGCUGUCUGCCCUGUUGAACAUGGCCUUAUGUGGACUUAAAGGGAUAGUUCACCCCAAAAUGAAAAUUCUCUCAUAAUUUACUCACCCUAAUGCCAUCCCUGAUGUGUAUGACUUUCUAUCUUCAGCUGAAGAAAAACAAAGAUUUUUGGAAGAAUUUUUCAGCUCUGUAGGUCAUCACAAUGCAAGUGAAUGAGUGCCAAAAUGUUGCAGCUCCAAAAUGCACUAAACGGAGCAUACAAGUAAUCCAUAAGACUCCAUUGGUUAAAAUGAUGUCUUCCGAAUCUAUAAGCUAGGUGUGGGUAAGAAACAGAUCGAUAUUUAUGUAAUUUUGAUUUUGAAGAUUUGCAUUUUUCAUGCAUAUCACCCCCGAGACAUUAUGGUAAAAACUGACUUAAUUCUAUGGACUUACAGAGCUGAGAUAUUGUUCUAAAUAUAUUAAUUUGUAUUGUGCAAAUGAGGUCAUGAACAUAUGGGAUGUCUUGAGGGUGAGAAAAUUAUGAGAGAAUUUUCAUUUUUGGGUGAACUAUCCCUUUAACAUGGUAUUUUUCUCAAUUCACCAUAAAUAUUAGCUCUGUUUCCCAACCAGGGCAUUGAGUGCAACACCAGAACCAAAGCUCUGUUAGAAAACAAAGGAAUGCUUAUUUAUUUUAGCGUGUUGAGGGAUAAGCCUCAGCUUUUUACAUCUAUUGAUAUUGCCUUGCAGUCUUAAUCUGUUUAAUUACCCAAUCUUUUUAAGUUUCUUUUUAUGAAUAAAUGUGUUUGUGAUUGAACAGGCAUGUCCUCACAAAAAUUAACACUGUUAACUGAGGAUCGAGAAGAUACUAACUCAUCACUAUAGUAAACAUUUCAUUUAGGGUGGGAAACUAUGUUGAGUAAGAUUAUCUCUAUUAAGACUUGAAAACAUUUUGACAAACUGGCUGUGAAACAUUGAGAAAAUCCAAAGAAUAUGGGCCCGCACAUUCCUGGUUGUGUUAAAAGUGAGAGAUGAACCUAUUUAACUCUAAAUAGAAACUUGAUUUGAAAGCAUAAGGUAAAUGUAAUUCAAAUCUGAAGGUUAUUGUAUGUUUUGUAAAGCCCUAUAUCUUUUACAGCAAUAUAGUUCUAAUGUAAUUAUUUUAAAAGCAUAUUGUCUUGGAGAGUAAUGGAGCACCUAUUGAAAUACUAUGUAGGUCACAUUCAGUGCCAUUUUUUAUAUCCUUUAUCUUCUGUUCUUUUGCAUGCUCUAAAUAUAUUUUUGUUUAUGUAUAGAAUAUGGACUCUGCUUAAAAGCAUCUUUUUUUAUAAUUAUUUUAUCAGGUCUAUUCAUUCCAGGUACAAUGUGCAGUCUAUUCAUAAAUGAAAUUUCCCAUGUUGCCAAAUAAUGCAUUUAGAUGUGUCAAGAGGGUCAAAGGUUUUCAGUAAUUUCAUUUUUGGACAAGUCUGUUACGAGGUACAGACAUUGAUGCAUAUGUGCAUUACAUUUGACUUUUUAAGAAGCUAUUUUGCAUAUCAAUAUAGAGACUUGUUUUAAUGAUUAUUGAUAAGUGACUGUUUUCUGUGUGAAACAUGUUGGGUGUCCAGAUUGGCCUACAUUUUUCUAGUCAUCUUCCAUAUUUCCCCCUUAAUGUCAAUUACCCCGCCCCUGUAAUACCAGAAAUUUGUGAAAUAUUUAACUAGUAAAAUUCCAUGGUGUACAUUUUCAAUAAAACUACAU